GGAUCACAAGAACACUUGGGAGGCCCCUUAACAAGCUACAUCCCAAAUUAUCAUUCCCCUUUGUCCUCAGCCAGUGCCCAGGUCCAACUCGCUCUCCUGCGGUGACUUUCUUUCCUGCCCAAUAUGGUUUCAUCAUCUGUAAAUUGGGGAUGAUCGAAGUCUUGAUCCUGAUAUUGGGCUCUCAAAGCAGAAGUGGCAAGCUCAGCCAAGUCACUUAAACAAGAGGAGAUGUUCCUUGUGAACCAAAAGGGCACUGGUCACAAGGGCCGCUCCUUCUCUCAGGCCUCUCCAGCAUGCCCUUGGCUCAGCCAAAGAAGAGACUCAGGCUGUGCUUCUGCGCUGUGGGGAUAACGAGACAGCAAUCAAAUAUAUGACUGAUGGAUGUUUACUGAAACAUAUUCUGGGAGACCUAAAUCUUACCAAAUUCAGUGUCAUUAUUUUGGAUGAAGCCCAUGAAAGAACUCUAACUACAGAUAUCUUAUUUGGUUUAUUGAAGAAGCUAUUUCAGGAGAAGUCUCCUAAUAGGAAGGAGCAUUUAAAAGUGGUGGUAAUGUCAGCAACUAUGGAAUUAGCCAAGCUCUCUGCAUUCUUUGGAAAUUGUCCAAUAUUUGAUAUACCUGGAAGGCUUUAUCCAGUCAGAGAGAAAUUCUGCAAUUUGAUUGGUCCACGAGACAGAGAAAAUACUGCGUAUAUUCAAGCGAUUGUGAAAGUCACCAUGGAUAUCCAUUUGAAUGAAAUGGCUGGAGACAUCUUGGUUUUUCUGACUGGCCAGUUUGAAAUCGAAAAAAGUUGUGAGUUACUUUUUCAGAUGGCAGAGUCUGUUGAUUAUGAUUAUGAUGUUCAAGAUACCACCCUCGAUGGCUUGUUAAUAUUGCCGUGUUAUGGAUCAAUGACAACAGAUCAACAGAGGAGGAUAUUUUUGCCACCGCCACCUGGAAUUAGAAAAUGUGUCAUAUCCACCAAUAUUUCUGCAACGUCUUUGACAAUAGAUGGAAUCAGAUAUGUGGUAGAUGGUGGCUUUGUGAAGCAGUUAAACCACAACCCCAGAUUAGGGUUGGACAUCCUGGAGGUGGUUCCAAUUUCAAAGAGCGAGGCAUUACAGCGAAGUGGCCGAGCUGGCAGGACUUCUUCAGGAAAAUGCUUUCGGAUCUAUAGUAAAGAUUUUUGGAACCAGUGUAUGCCUGACCAUGUGAUCCCUGAAAUUAAGAGAACUAGUUUGACAUCUGUAGUUCUGACCUUAAAGUGCCUUGCCAUACACGAUGUCAUAAGGUUUCCCUAUUUGGAUCCACCUAAUGAGAGACUUAUUUUAGAAGCUCUUAAACAACUUUACCAGUGUGAUGCUAUUGACAGGAGUGGCCAUGUCACCAGAUUGGGUUUGUCUAUGGUGGAGUUUCCUUUGCCUCCACAUCUGACAUGUGCAGUAAUAAAAGCUGCUUCCCUGGAUUGUGAAGAUCUACUACUUCCAAUAGCAGCAAUGUUGUCUGUGGAAAACGUCUUCAUUAGACCUGUUGAUCCAGAGUACCAGAAGGAAGCAGAACAGAGACAUCGAGAAUUGGCAGCUAAAGCUGGAGGAUUUAAUGACUUUGCAACUUUAGCUGUCAUCUUUGAACAAUGCAAAUCAAGUGGAGCUCCAGCUUCAUGGUGCCAAAAACACUGGAUUCAUUGGAGGUGCUUAUUUUCUGCAUUUCGUGUGGAAGCUCAACUUCGAGAACUAAUCAGGAAGCUUAAACAGGUGAUUGCCGUAAUGUGUUUUUUCUUGAGUAGCAUUUUGGACCUAUAUAUUUCAUAUUGAAGUUUCAUUGAUGUA